AUGUCAGAAUUUAACUUGUUGAAAGGUAACUUAGAAGAGUUUUGUUAUGCUGUUGAUAACAUUAAAGAAACUAGCAGAACAAGCAUGAAAAUUUAUAAUAUUGAUAACUUAGAUUACAUAUAUGAAAAUGACUUGGAAAUUGAUCAAGAAGCAAGAACAUUAAAAGAAUUGCCAUACGAAUCAAAAAGAAAAUCAAAGCAAUCAACCUCUUAA